UGCCGGCAAUGGGGGCGGAGGGAGCCUUUCAGCCAGGCUUCCUGAACAGCAAAGUUGACACUUCCCAGAUAAAGGUAUCGCCUGUAGGAGCUCCAACAGCAAGUCGGGGUGCUGGAAAGAGCGGAGCUGGGGCACGCGCUGCCCCACACCCCGGGGCAGCUCCACGUGGGGCAGGGAUGACCACCUGGCUGUGCCAGGGGUGGCUUCUCUCCCUGCUCGUGGAGGUCCUGCUCAGCCUCCUCAGUCCAGCUUCAUCCCCUGAGCUGGUGACAUCUGAAGAUGCUGCACUCCUGGGUGAGGUGCCUGAGGACAUCCUCUGCUUCUCCCGCUCCUUUGAGGACCUCACGUGCUUCUGGGAUGAAGAGGAGGAGGAAGACACGAGCGGGAAGUGCCGCUUCUACUACUGGUACAGCAGGGAGGUGCCCAAGGCGUGUGCAGUUUCCACGCAGAGCCGUGGGGCCAGCGGGAUGCGGCACGUUUGUGUGUUCCCCAGCCAGGAUGUGCGGCUCUUCAGCCAGCUCUCUAUCCUCGUCGUGAACGCCACCAGCAACCAGACCAAGUACUCGCGGGAGCUCAGUGUGGACACAGUGGGUCUCAUUGCCCCACCAAGGAACAUCACGGCCACCUGGACUGGGGUGGCAGGGCAGCUGUGGGUCACCUGGCAGCCCCCACUCACUGAUUACCUGAACUUCUUCCUCUAUGAUGUCCGUUACUGCAUGGAGGGCUCUGGGGAGGCACCGUGCAGUGUAACGCUGGACCCCAGCAGGCAGCACAUUGAGGACUCAUCAGUCCUGCAGGCCAGGAGCACCCAGGUGCCCACCCCUGAAGGAGCUGCAGCCUCCCCAGGUGCAGGGCAAGGACUGGUACAGACCGACAGCUGGGUGCUACUUCGGGACUUGCGGCCUGGGGGGAGGUACCACAUCCAGGUGCGCAGCAAGCCCGAUGGCCUCUCCAUGGAUGGCAUGUGGGGCCCCUGGUCACAGGCAGUGGCUGCAGAGACACCCCAUUCCUCUGGAGACAUCGGCCUGCUCUGCACCACCCCUGACCUGCAGCACGUGCGCUGCGAGUGGAGCUGGGACCCCGCAGAUGCCAGCAGCUCCCAUGAGCUCUUCUACCGGGCACCUCAGAGCAGGGCUGGCAAAAGGGAAGCAGCAUGGCAGCGGUGCGAGGCGGUGAGCAUGGGGGCCCAGGGCACCCAUGCCUGUACAUUUCAGCCCAGGGCUGGCAGUGCCAUCUCUGUCCUGGUGAAUGUCACCUGGCCCCACGCGCGGCCCACGCUCAGCUACUUCAGGGAACCCUUCUGGUUGCACCAGGCUGUGCUCACAGACCCCCCACAGCUCCUGCAGGCCACGGUGGUGCAGGGCCGGCUGAGCCUGCAGUGGGUGCCACCCCUGGAGGAGCUGGCAGAGCAGCUGGCUUAUCAGCUCCGCUACUCCGUGGAGAAUAGCCACGACUGGAAGGUCUUGCAAGUCCCACGGGCAGCCAGGAAAGAAGUCCUGGACCUGCGCCCUGGCGCCCGCUACCUUGUCCAGGUGCGAGCCCAGCCCAGCGGGCCAUGGUACCAGGGCAACUGGAGUGCCUGGUCCAAACCUGUUGUGGUUGAUGCCACGGCUGAUGCGGGCUGGAUCAUCCCAAGUGUUGCGGUGGUGCCACUGCUCUUCACAGGAAUGCUCUUGGGGCUGAGGUGCACCUUCCCCUCCCUGUAUAGCAGUGUGAAGCAGAAGCUCUGGCCACCUGUCCCAGACCUGCACCGUGCACUGGGCAACUUCCUCAGUGAGAGCAGCAAGCACAGCCAGGCCAACGCCUUCUACAAGCAGCCCCCGGAGGAUGCCGUGCUGCCCUGCCUGCUGGAGGUGCUGUCGGACCGGCGGGCCACCAAGCUGGCCGCGCCACCCAAGGGGCCGCCGGGGCGGGAGGGGGCCUGCGACCCCCCACAGGAGUACGCGGCCGGCAGGCUGCCCGGCGGCCUCCCGGCCAGGCAGGGCACGCCCUGGGGCUCCGCGGAGCGCCCCGCGCCCACUACGGACAUCGCCAACCAGUCCUAUCUCCUCAUGAGCGGCUGGGAGCCGCGGGGGCCGCCCUGAGCGCGGCCCGCGGCUGCCUCGCCUCCCCGCUUGUGCCAUAAACGAGACGCAGACGGACUCGGCCUCCUCUC